AAACACGAGGCUGAUCGCCGAGGCCCUGACCCGUGUCAUCUACAACCUGACGGAGAAGGGGACGCCCCCGGACAUGCCAGUCUUCACGGAGCAGAUGCAGAUCCAGCAGGAGCAGCUGGACUCGGUGAUGGACUGGCUGACCACCCAGCCGCGGGCCGCCCAGCUGGUGGGCAAGGACGGCACCUUCCUCAGCACGUUGGAGCACUACCUCAGCCGCUACCUGAAGGAGGUCAGGCCACACCACGUCAAGGCCGACAAGCGGGACCCUGAGUUUGUCUUCUACGACCAGCUGAAGCAGGUGAUGAACGCCUACAGGGUCAAGCCGGCCAUUUUCGACCUGCUUCUGGCCGUCUGCAUCGGUGCCUACCUCGGGAUGGCCUACACGGCGGUCCAGCACUUCGACCUCCUGUACAAAACAGUUCAGAGACUGCUGAAGGCCAAGACGCAGUGACGCGGCUGCUCGGCGCCGGCAGGAGGGCAGGGCCUUGCCCCUCGGCGGCUGUAACCCUGAAUUACAGAGCUUUUCUGUGUUGCUCUUGA